AUGGACCCCGGCGAAAGCCGUGCUAUUCACCCUGACGGGGAACUCUUCCUCGACUCGUCUUCCAGACCACAGCACAGGCCUAGCGAAGCACCCCUCGUCGAACCGCUCCGCAUCAACAAAAGGGACUCUGCCUCCCCCGCCUCGGCCUCGGCCUCAUCUCCUCCCACCGCGCCACUCCCCUACCCCGAUGACCGACCUCGUCCGCAGAUGCGCAGCUCGAGUUCCAAUGACGGUCGUCAUGCCGACAACGACAGAUAUGCUUCCCCUCCACCGGCGGGCUCCGGUUCGGGCUCCGUGAGCCCCGCCGAUUAUCCACCGGCCUUGCGACCCCGCGAUGGCCGAGAACCUCGAGUCGCGACGCUAGCGGAACGUCGUGGUGCUGCCCCUCAGCCUCUUCCAGAGUCACCUGGUGCGCAUGCACCGGAUCGCGAUGCUCUCGCGGCGAGAACCUACCCUCGUCCUCCGGCGACCCAAUCCUCAGUCCCCAAUGUCCAUGCGACAGCUGAGGCAAACCAGGCGCAAAAUCAGAACCAGUAUGAUUAUCGUCAACAUUAUUAUCCACCCCCUCAAAGCUCGGCUUCGCGACCAUCGUCAACUUUGCAACCCCCACAGGCAUCGGGUGGAAUAAAUCGCAUCAGCUCCACGGCUUCUACCUCUACAACCCGCGCCCAACGCGGUUCGCCCCCUCCUCCAGAAACGCCCAUCGUUGGCCCUGGUCAACAGCCGGGCUCGGAUAUCGAGGCUCGUUAUGCUGCGGCUGGUAUCGCGGGUACGUCCACUCUAUCUGGCAUUCAGUCUCAGAAUGCUGCAGCGCAGAGACGCGCAGAUCAAUAUUCUGGUCAACACCCGACGUACCAACAACCGCCGGCUCAGCGUCCUUGGACCCCUACCGAACAGCCGGGAACCCAGCCCCAUGGUCCGCCGACUGUGUACCAAGGCGCAGAGGUUGUGAGUGGUGGACAGCCCGCGGCGCAUCCGGGCCAGUAUGGAAGUCCGCCGCCUCAAGCUGCGGCUCAUCCUGGUCCAUAUGGCAGCCCGCCCCCAGCUGCGCACCCUGGCCAGUAUGGAAGCUCGUCUCCUCAGGCCCAAUCCGCACAAGCGGUUCCACAGCAGCAGCAGUCCCGCAUUCCGGCCAAUGCGCUGGAACAAGAUAUGAGUCGCAUGCAUAUCAGCGACGAGCCUCCUCCCGCCUAUUCAAGUGUUUCUGGACCUGCUGCUUCGGGCGGUUAUCCGAAUGAGAAGCAGAGCGCUGGCGCUGCAGGAGCGGCUGCAGGAGUGGCUGCGGGUGCUAUGGCAGGACACCCAGCACAUGCGGGCCAACCUCAUCCUGCUACUGCUGCGGCGAAUGCCAUGGGCACAUCUGCCUCGCCCGCGCCAUCUUCUUCUACGCAGGAUCACCCGGCUUUUGCCAAUGACCCCCGACAACAGCAGAAUAUGGGUCAGUCACCGCACAGUGCUGGGCCAAGCGGCCAUUCUGCAUAUCAACAGGCGACAGUGGCACAGGUCGCCUCCCCGGCUCCUACAGGUCUUCCUCCAGCUUCCCCUCCGCCGCUUCCAGAAGGAUGGAUUGCGCACAUGGAUCCAAACUCGGGGCAAUAUUACUACAUACACCUGCCCACGCAGUCAACUCAGUGGGAAUUUCCCAAGGGUCCUACACCGUUGAACCUCAACGAAACGCCGCUGUCCCCUGUGGGCAGCGUGUACAGCAGUCACCCGCUCACAUCUCCGGGUCUGUCAGCCUUUGGGAAGCCCUUGGCUUCUCCUGGUGUUCCGAUGACACCAGGCUUCGAGAGCCUACAAUCCCCCAUGGCAGGAUUCUCCGGGCCCCCACCUAGCAGCGGAAUGGAUCUCUACAAAACAGCUCCCACCAAUGGUGUCUAUUUCGGCCCGUAUCUCCGCUAUACCAACAUGGAUCUCGAGCGAGGCCUGUGGCUAGGAUCUAUUUUGUUGGUAACGGAUGCCGCGCAACCACCCACCAUCCACAUUCACCAAAGUGUGGAUCUGUCACCGAAUCCCAGGCAGCUGAAGGCUGUCAAUAUUGCGGCUCACCAGCGCUGGACUUUCUAUAAGUACGAAAUUGAGAUCCAAAUGGAUGAUGCAGGACCAGCCAAGUGGACCUACGCCAUUACCUCCCACCUUGGCUGCACACGAUAUGAGUUCCUUGUCGCUGGCAGACAUGAGACCAACUGGCGUUUCAUCGCGAUUUCUGGAAACGAUUUCUCGCUCAAUGUCAAUGCCAACGAGCGUGCUCGUCUUGGGGGUGUGGGCUUCAUGUGGAAGGAUAUCAUGCAGAAACACAAUGAGAUUGGAGGUUUUCAUACUCAAUUGUGUCUCGGUGGUCAGAUCUAUGCGGAUCGGAUGUGGAAAGAGAUUCCCUGCCUCAAGCAAUGGCUCGCUAUCAGCGGGAAGGAGGCUAGGAAAAAUGCUCCUUGGACAGCGGCAAAUCAGCAGGAUGUCUCACAUGCCUAUUUCCACUACUACACCAGCCAUUUCGAUCAGCCUUAUCUGCGCGAGUCUUUUGCGCAGAUUCCGUACAUCUGCCAGAUCGAUGAUCACGACAUCUUUGAUGGUUUUGGUUCGUACCCUGAACACAUGCAGUUCUCGAACAUGUUCAAGAAUAUCGGCCGCAUCGGUAUCGAGAUGUACCUUCUCUUCCAACACCACACCACCCUCGACAUUCUCCGAAAUGUCAAUACCGAUAUGGAUCUUUUCACUAUCACCGGCACUGGCUGGCACUUUGUCAAAUAUCUUGGUCCUGGUGUCGUGGUCGUCGGCCCGGACUGUCGCUCUGAGCGAAACCCUCAUCAAGUCAUGGCUGGUCCAACUUACCAAGGUCUCUUCCCUAAGAUCGCGAUGCUACCGCCUAGCGUCCAGCAUUGUCUCUGGAUGGUCUCCAUGCCACUGAUCUACCCUCGUCUGGAGACAGCCGAGCAUAUUGCUCAGACUGUCACCACCGGCAAGAGGGCCGUCACCGGUGCCUACAAUGUCCUCGGAAAGGUGACAAGUUCUGUUGCUGGCGUCGUCGGCGCAAAGGACUUCGUGGGAUCGGGUUUCGACUCCGUUAAGCGUGCAGUUGGCAAAUCCGGUCUAAUGGGCGGUAUUCUGAGUCCAUUCGGUGAAUUCGAUCUCAUGGACGAACUCCGUGACCAAUGGACACAUGAAUCAAAGGAUCUGGAACGAACAUACCUCAUUCGUACAUUGCAAGGUAUAUCUCAUCAAAAGUCCCUCCGGAUGACCUUCCUCUCCGGCGCCGUCAAUGUCUGCGGUGCAGGUCUCGUCCAUGAUCCCGCUCAGCCAUCCGACCACAAGACAAUGUAUCAACUCAUCGCCUCGCCCGUCGUCAAUACUCCUCCUCCGUCUUAUGUCAUCAAGCUUCUCCACAGCCACAGCAAGCCCCUCUACGUCCCUGCAAAUGGUCACCGUUCUUCGGCCCAGCCUACCGAUACAAAGGAAGACAUGAUGGAAAUCUUCCAGACCGACGUGAAUGGCCAGACCCGCGAAUAUCGGAAGCUCAUGGCUAGACGGAACUACGUUGCGAUCGUCGCUUAUGAUCCUGAAGUUGUGAGCGCUGCUCCGCACCAGCCGCAUCUUGCUUCACAGGGGAAGUUGAGUCUAGCAGCGGAUUUCAUGGUUCAGGGGGAUGGUGCUUACGCUAGUGUUGUAAAGUAUGGCCCUGUUAUUGUGCCAAGCUUGGAGCAUGGAAGGUGA